UAGAAAUUUAGUUCACAGUAUUUUUCUGUAGUGCUAAUAACGAGAGUUGAAGAAUGUCUGGAAGAGGAAAGGGCGGUAAAGGUCUUGGAAAAGGAGGCGCCAAGCGUCAUCGCAAGGUUCUCCGUGAUAACAUCCAGGGAAUCACAAAGCCCGCUAUCCGCCGUCUUGCUCGCCGUGGUGGUGUGAAGCGAAUCUCCGGCCUCAUCUACGAGGAGACUCGUGGUGUGCUGAAGGUUUUCCUGGAGAAUGUGAUCCGUGAUGCCGUCACCUACACCGAGCACGCCAAGAGAAAGACCGUCACCGCCAUGGAUGUGGUCUAUGCUCUGAAGCGUCAGGGCCGCACUCUGUACGGCUUCGGCGGUUAAAGUGUACACUACAUUACCCAACCAAAAGGCUCUUUUAAGAGCCACCCAUUUCUUCCCUGAAAGCGGUUUUCCAUGAUCUGUGAACAUUUGUGUUCGUUUUAUAAAUAUUAUGGAAGAAGCAUGUACUCAGUGUGUCAGUGCCUUCUCGACAGCAAUCUCUAGUCUUGCAGACACAUUGCGUACAUUUGAUGGAUUUUAGCGUCGUGAAGGUAUUGACUUGUAGUCUACAUUAAUACAUAUAGUAUUUAUAUAGCGUUUGUGGUAGAUGAACCAUGUCGCAGUUAUGUCCCGUCAUUAUCACUAGUCUUGCCCACAAUAAAAUUCAGAUGCAAACUCGUCACCUCGGCGAA